AAUAUUCCAUCUGGUGUCAUUAAGAAAGGUGGCGUCUAAGUUCAACAGCUCCACAAACUACAUCCUCCAGAAAUGACCAUAAAGUAGAAUCUAAAUCUAAAAUCUAAAAUCCAGCAUCAGAAACACAUCGAUCAGCCUGCAACAUGAAAACCAGUCACCAGGAAAUUAGCAGUUAAGUGUGUAAUCCCGUUGUUUUGAAUACAAUAAGAAUCAGAAUUGUGGUUACUAGUGUCUUACUUUCACAUGUAAAGGGACAGUUCACCAUAUUUUCAGCUCACCGGUGUCUGAGCCUCUGAGCUGGGGCAGCAGUGCCAUCUCCUGCUGAGCUCAGCACAGAGCAUAUUAACAGCCUGCCAUGCUGCUGCUGCUGCUGCUGAGAGGAUUACUCUUCAUAGUGACUGUACAUGACCACACUGACCGGGGGACAGCAGCUUGAAUUAGAUGAUGCAACAAAUUAUUCUCAUGAUUAUAAACUAAUACCAGCUCUGUGUCUGCGGUCACUGUCAGUCAGCAACAAUAAACAAACAGCACGACUGUCACAACAGUACAGAAAAACCAUGUAUAAGCAGGAACUUCCCACGCACAUGUACAGUAUUUAAUUUUAUUUUUUUACGGCUGCAGCGCAGAGGACGCAGCGACUGCAAGACAAGAGAGAGGGGAAAUAGCCAGCGUUCAAAUUAGAAACCAGAAAAUGGGUUAAAAAUCAGUUUCAUCUCAGUGUUUUUGUGCUGAGCAAUUCCUCGCCUGCAGCACCCAGAAGUGAACAGCAGGCGACCCGGAAGGUUUGAAGUCCGACUGAGAGAGCGAGCAAGAAAGAAGAGACUAAUCCUUUAUAAAAUAUUUCUCCUCUCUCUGGUUCAGGAUGGCUGAACCUCGCUUUAACAAUUAUUUUUGGCCUCCACCUCCCACGAUGCCUGGCCAGCUGGAUAACCUAGUCUUGAUCAAUAAAAUCAAGGAGCAGCUGAUGGCGGAGAAGAUCCGACCGCCACACCUGCCCGCUGCCUCCGCCCCCUCCCAGCAGCCCUUACUGGCUUCCCCGAGUCAGGCAGAAAGCGGGCAGCACGGGAUGUCCAAAGCCCAGCAGAUGCAAGUUCUCCACAGCCACAGCUCGUCUCAGCCCGACAUCGCCCUGCACGCCCGCCCGGCCUCCAGCUCGGUCACAGGUCGUAUUCUGGGGGAUGUAAACUUGAACCUGGACGAUAAGGCAGCUAUAAAAGCCAGAGGAUUAUGGGAAGACUGGCAUCUGCGUCAACUCAUAGACCAUCCCUCCAGGACAAACCACGUCUCAGGUGUGGCGCUGGCAUCCAGAACAGGCAACCUCAACACCUCAGAGAUCAUCACCCCGACCACGCCCACCUCGAGCAGCCACAGUCGGCUGGGCGGCGCUCCCACCCCUCACCUCAUCUCAGGGUUAGCCGGCAGCCACGGGGUGGAGCCUGGGAAGAACAGUGGGGGUCUGGUGGGCCUCCUGGGGCCUCCUCCCAAAGAGGAGCGAGGCCGGAGGAAGAUCAAAGCGGAGAACGGGUCUUCGUUGUUGGUGGUGCCCUACCCGAUCCUGGCCUCGGGCAACGACCAGUCCUGUGUUACCAUCACUGCCAAAGAGGGAAAGACCUACAGGUGUAAAGUCUGUCCGCUGACUUUCUUCUCCAAGUCAGACAUGCAGAUUCACUCUAAAACGCACACAGAGGCGAAGGCUCACAAGUGUCCUCACUGCACCAAGUCCUUUGCGAACGCAUCCUACCUGGCCCAGCACCUGCGCAUACACCUGGGCGUCAAACCUUACCGCUGUUCCUACUGUGAGAAAUGUUUCCGCCAGCUCUCCCACCUGCAGCAGCACACCAGAAUCCACACAGGCGACCGACCUUACAAAUGCGCCCAUCCAGGAUGUGAAAAGGCUUUUACACAGCUAUCUAACCUGCAGUCUCACCAGAGGCAGCACAACAAAGACAAACCCUUCAAAUGUUCCAACUGUUACCGUGCCUACUCAGACUCCGCCUCGCUGCAGAUCCACCUGUCUGCACACGCCAUCAAAAACGCCAAGGCCUACUGCUGCAGCAUGUGCGGCAGGGCAUACACCUCAGAGACGUACCUUAUGAAGCACCUGGCUAAGCACACGAUGGUGGAACACGUGGUGUCCCAUCACUCCCCUCAGCACAGGACAGAGUCGCCCACCCUCCCUAUAAGGAUUUCCCUCAUCUGAGCCCCUCCCCCUCCCUCCUCCCAUCAGAGACGUCUCCUGUGAUAUUCCUUCAUUCCUCUGACGGGACUUUGAACCCGCAAAUGGGUUCCAAAAAUGUGCCAGAUUGUACUCGUAUCUUGUGAAGAGGUGCUCUGUUAACGAGCAUAUCCUCCUUUCCUUUUCUCGCUGACCAGACAGUAUUAUCGGGGACAUCCAAAGAUGAUUUCUCAGCACUUUCAGGCCUGGAAAUGACAGGCCUAAAAUUUCUUUUUCUAUGUGACAGAAAAAAAGGUAUUGCUCUAGGCAGCUACAUGGAAAAUCUUUUUAAACUAACAGAUUACUUUGUCUUUUUUAUAUGGUCCUUUACUUUCUUUACUCAAGUCUUUGCAAAAAAAAAAAAAAGAAGAUAUAUUUGCAUCAGAAAUAGUCUUCCGUUAGCCAGGUGGCCGACUGAACAUAAAGGUGAAUGCUUAUAUGAUGUGUAUUCAUGUAUAUUGUGCCACUUCUUAUGUCAGUGUUUGCAAUGUUUCGCCAAUCACGUGGCCAUAACGCACACGUUAACGUUUUUAUUCCUGUUGUCAACAUCACCCUGAGCAGGACGUGUGACUGAUGAUUAGAUGGAUGGGUGUUUUUGUGUUUACAUAUACGGUAUAAUCUGCAGUGUUAUAAAAAGAAAAUGCUCAAGGCAAACAUGAGUAUUCCGUUUAAUCCAAUGACUGUAUCUGGUCGAGUUUUAAAUUUAAAUUUUAAGCACCGUCGUAAAAAAGACACAAAGAUUCAGUCAACCUCCUCUUGAAUAUGUAUUUAUCAAAUCCACCACAAUGAAUCAUGUACUUAAGGUACUUUUUGGUCCACUUUGUAUUUAAUCGGGUGUGCAAAUAAAUAAAUAAUUGUAGUCAUAAGACUGAAAUGUUACACCACCACUCUGCUGCUGCCACAGACAUACAGUGUUUGUUUCCCAGAAAACAGUAAUAAUGAGGUUCCUCUGUUGGGUUUUCAGCUGUAAUGUGUACUGGAAGCAUCAACUCUAUUUAAAUAUUCACUUUUCUAUUGUUUAAUGAAUGAACACUUUUCCAUUUUAUAUGCAUUUAAGCCUUAACUUUGUUACAACUCUAGGAUCCACUUAGUUGUUUUAUCACUUUACAUUUGCCUUUUAUGUCAUAGCAUGAUAUACACUGUAAAUAAACUAUAUUAACUGUCAGCCUGUUUUAUAAUAAAUAAUUCUAUAAUUACA